AUGAGUGAAAAAUCAUAUUUGCUUUGUGGGAGAGUGUUAAGACACACUUCUACUAUGGAUUAUUACUCUUCUCUAAAGACUUCUAGUAUCAUGAUGAAUACUCUUGCUAUCGCUAUGAGGACUCCUACUGCUAUCGUCGUGAGGACUCCUAUUCGUUGCUAUUGUUAUUGUCGUAUGGACUCCUACUACAGCCUAUAUCUCCAACCUCUCCAAAGUCUCCG